UUUCACUUUCAGUGGAGGCGCAGCGGAGCGGAGCGGAGCGGAGGGAGCCCCGAGGAGCCUGGGCCGCCGGCCGGACCUGCCGCUGCCGCCGCCGCCGCCACGCGCCCCAUGGCUCCCGCCGCCCUCGGGGCCGUGCUGGCCUUCGGACUGCAGCUCUGGGCCGCGGGCCACGCCGUGCCCGCCCAGGUGGUGCUCACCCCCUACGUCCCGGAGCCCGGAAGCUUGUGCCAGCAGAGAGAAUACUAUGACGAGAGGAUCCAGAUGUGCUGCAGCAAGUGUCCUCCUGGCUACCACGUCCAGUCCCAGUGCACCGAGACCUCCGACACGGUGUGUGCCCCCUGCGAGGAUGGCAUGUUCACCCAGCUCUGGAACUGGGUGUCCCACUGCCUGAGCUGUGACUCCCGCUGCAGCUCUGAGCAGGUAGAAACUCAGGCCUGCACCCGGAAGCAGAACCGCGUGUGCGCCUGCCGGCAGGGCUGGUACUGCAUGCUCAAGAUCCAGCACCGGUGCCGGCAGUGCGCGCCGCUGCGCAAGUGCCAGCCUGGCUUCGGCGUGGUCACCCCAGGAACCGAAACGUCCAAUGUGGUGUGUGCUGCCUGUGCCCCAGGGACGUUCUCGGACACGGCGUCCUCCACAGACACCUGCAGGCCCCAUCGGUUCUGUGAGUCGACGGCCAUCCCCGGCAACGCAAGCAGGGACGCGGUCUGCAAGUCUGUGCUUCCCUCCCUGCGUGUGACCACAAGCUUAGCCCUCAAGCCCCAGGCGGCGUCCACAAAAUCCCAGCUCACGGAGCCCACGCCAGGACCCAGCACAGCUGCCAGCAUGUCUGUCCUGCUCCCUGUGGUCCCAAGUGCCCCGUCCGAAGGGCUCAGCACCGGGAACAUCUCUCUUCCAGUUGGACUCAUUGUGGGCGUGACAGCCUUGGGGCUGCUAAUGAUAGGGCUGCUGAACUGUGUCAUCCUGGCCCAGAAGAAAAAGAAACCCUUCUGCCUGCCCGGAGACGCCAAGCCUCACCUGCCCGCUGAGAAGGCCCCGGCCGCUCCCGGCUCCGAGCAGCAGCACCUGCUGACCACGGCGCCCAGCUCCAGCAGCAGCUCCCUGGAGAGCGCGGCCAGCGCUCCGCACGGGGGGCCGCCCCCCAGGAACCAGCCGCAGGCCCCGGGCAGGGACCAGCCCGGCGGGUCCGGGGAGGCCCAGGCUGGUGGGAGCUCAGAGUCCUCCCCCGGCGGCCGCGGGACCCACGUCAACGUCACCUGCAUCGUGAACGUGUGCAGCGGCUCUGAGCACGGCUCGCGGUGCUCCUCCGAGGCCAGCACCACGGCGGGGACCGCAGGCCACAGCCCCUCCGGCUCCCCGAAGGACGAGCACGUCCCCUUCUCCAAGGAGGAGUGCCCUGUGCGGUCCCCGCGCGGGGCCCCCGGGACCCUGCGGCAGAGCCUGGAGGAGAAGCCCCUGAGCCUGGGCGUGCCCGAGGCCGGCACGAAGCCCAGCUAACCGGCCGGCGGGGCCAAGGCGCUGCUGAGUGAGCUGGCCUCGGGGCCUCCCGGCCCCCACGCCCGGCACUCUGGCUCCUUCCAGACCAAGUCCUGUAGUGGCCUCCGCAGCCUGGCAGGCGGGGGGAGUCAGAGAACCCCUCCGGUCAUGGGUAUCCAAGGAUACCUGGACUUGCUGGGCAGCCCGGCGGGGUCCCUGCCACCCCUCGCUGCCCCCUCACUGGGCUGUGGCCCUGGCUUAUGAACUCCUUGUUUCAUCCCUGGGCUCUGGCUCCCCCGGAGGUUCCGGCGUCCAGAGAGGCCAUGGGGGAGGGAGGUGGGCACUGUGGGGUCAUCCAUGGAGAAGGGGCAGCCUGGAUGCUGAGCCUGCAGGGUGGUCCGAGAGGGGCAGGGGCUGCCAUCAGCCAGAUGGCUCUGUGCCGGGUGGGACCCUGGUUAGCUAAGGACCCUGGGGAAGCACCACCUCAAAUCCUUUCCCGCUGGUCCCGCCUCCUGUACGUGGUGUGGAAAUCAGACCCCCCGCGGCCCAGCAGGAGGCCUGGAUGAUGCCCUGCCCCAGGCAAGAUGGCAAACCUCUCACAGGCAGUCUAGUUUCAAUACAUGGCCGUUUAAAAAGACCAAAAAAACAAAAAACAACCCUCAAGCGCCAUGCAAACAAGCCAGCAGCACCACAAAGCCGACGUCACAGAGUGCCUUCACCGCCUCUGACCUUCACGCCCGCUUCCCCAGAGCACCCGCCCCGCCGCCCGCCCGCCCUCCUGCGCCGUCUGCUGUGGGCUCCCCGGCCACACUCCUAUCAGGGAAUCUCAGGACCCCGAGACCCAGCUCCUGCGGCCACGUCUCUCCUACCUCAGCCUGGGGCUUCCUUUUUGGACUCCCGAGAGGUGCUCCUGUUUCCCUCCACCUCCUCCCGCCGUCCCGGAGUCCCAGGCCCCCGGGGAGCCACGGGACCACGUCAGUACUGUGCCUGUCGCCAUCCCAGGUGGAUGGGAGAUGCCGAGAGCCAGUCUGUGUGUGUGUGUGUCUGAGUGUGUGCGUUGUGUGCUGUGGGUCCGUGUAGCUGAUGUCGGCUGAACGGCCUUCGUGAAGCAGCUGAAGCCAAUAGUUUUGCCAGGGCGUUCUUUCCUGUUAAAGAGCCUGCCCACUCCCCCCUCCCGACACACUGCACUGCCUGCAGAGGGGGAAGGAAAGGGACGGGGGGCUCCUGGAGAAGCCAUUCGAGUCUGUGGUACUUGGAUCUUUGUUGAAAAAGACUUGAACUUUGCAGCUGAACUUUUAGAGAGCCGGAGAGUCCAGGAAUUGCCAUGGAGACACAAGAGGCUUCCCACCGUGGAAUCAAGAUGUGCUUACCAACGAACUACCUGGAACCUCCUGGGUCUGCCCUCGUUAGACCCUGCGUGGUUAUGGAGCAGGUCUGCCCUCUGGUGGACAGUUCCCGGAGGCUCUCAAGCCUCCUUUCUCUCUCUCUUUCUCCCUCCCCCCCCUCCCCCCCAGCAGAGCUGGGAAGCCAUGAAUUAAAGAGAGACCCUUUCAGGAUGUAGCCUCAGUUCCCUGGCUUGUGUUGAUCCCAAGACAAUGAGAGUUUGCACUGUUGCUGGACAGCAUUCCUGCUUAUAAAUAAACCUGUUUGUGUUUUUACACUUGA